CAGCUCCUCGAGAACCGACUGGAAUCUAACUUCAACUCCUCACACCAGUCUGUUAUGUCAUACAGUGCACUGUCGCGGUCAACCAGUACACCUUGAGCCUGAAACAGACGAGUUCCUGACGGGACAACUGAGUUAGCUAGCUGAGCUAACUGCUAGCAGACAGAAUGCUCUCCCGUAUGUUGUUUUCGCUCCUCAACAACCUCCAUGUCGUGGAGAAGCUGGCAGAGUCUCGUCCGAUUCGCAGGGCGGCUCAGAUCACAGCUUACGCCAUCACCAAGGCUCAGAUAGCCGGCCGGGACGCCUCAGAGCGGGUCAUGCGGUCCCAGACGCUGCGGCAGGUCCGACAGGAGGCCGGCAAAGUCCCCGGUGACCUGGGGGACGUGAACAACCGCCUCAGGAAAGUCCGAGAUACCUUUGUGAAUGAAGUGAAGGAGGGCUGGAAGGAAGGCUCCAGGCAGAUCAAGAAAUAGAAAGAGGACAGACUGGUUGUAGGAUGUUAAAGUGACUGGGAACGUACCUACAACUACAUGUUGGUUGUCUGUCUGGCGACAUCUGGUGUGUUUAUGGCCUCAUCCUGUACUGCCUGUGUGUUUGGAGUGGAGGAGAGCUCAGAAGAAAUGGUGUGUGUGAACCAUCUGCCUCAGCAAUGCACAACAACAGUAUGCUGAUGAACCACAACCUUCAGGAACCAGCUGGGGUGGUUGUUAAUAAUGUAAUUAUUAGUUCAAAGUGUGCAUUACAUCUUUCAGAAAGCCUGUGAGAAAAGUGGGAUCUAUCUGGGAAACUGGUGUGGUGAAAUGAAGUAUGCAUGCCCAGAUUUAGCUGACAGUUUCAGGUAAUCUAGUAAAUUUCUUGGGCAAACACAUCCCUGGAACUGCCUUUUAAUGAUGGCCUCUCCACAACAACAAAAAACAUACGUCACCCUAUUUUCCGUCACCGAUGUGCAAUCAUUCACAGAUGACACUGACCCUGCCAAAGAGUUUCUUGGGCUCUGUACUUGGAAAAUGAUUUUGCUGGAGAAAAGAUGUACAUAUAUAAACAGAUAUGGUAUGUGUCGACAAUGGAGUCACCAUUGAGUUGCGACUGUAUGAAUAAAGAUUAUAAUUUAUAAAUGCACUGUG